AUGGACAGGAUUGCUCAAAGGAUAUUCGACAUCGUUUCGGCCCAAUCGCCUCUUCUCCUGGUAGCAGUGGGCGAUCAUGGCAUGACCAAUGCCGGCUCCCAUGGUGGAGGAAGUGAAGCUGAAACGAAAGUUCCAAUGGUGUUUUUGCACUCUAAAGUAAGCAUCAAGCUGGCUGGAAGUAUGGAUGGUAGGUCAGCAGAACAAGUUGAUUUGGCCAGCACUCUUCCGUUCUUUCUUCGUGUGCCGAUUCCGUCGGACAGCAUAGGUGUGUCCCUGAUUCCACAGCUUGCUUCCCACUGGCAGCUGAACGACUCGAACGUCUUCUCUGCUGCUUUGCAAUCAGCUAUUCACUACUCCAAAUUUGCAGAUGAUCCCUCUCUGCUUGCCCUCUCCGACGUGGACGGCGAAGAACGUUGUCAAAUAGCGAAGACUUUCAUAGCGGAUGCUAGAGGACCAUUGGCAAUGGAGGAGAAUAGACAAGCUCAGCGAAAGAUCAUCCAAGCGCAGGAGCAAGCGUUUCGAUGGCCAAUCUUCGUCUCAUUGGUCUUAAUCGUUCUAAGUUUCAUUUCGUUAUCCGGUGCUUAUCAAAUCUACACUUCUGGACGUCACACAUCGCGGACCGUGGUUAAUCGAUCAUUGACAAUUUUCUUCCAUAGCCCUCAAGAAGUUGUACUAUCCCAUGAUCUUUUGGCCAUUACAGGACGUUGCUCCGAAUUCGUUAUGACUACUCAGCCUGCUCAGCCUCUUCGUUUUUGUCCUCUACCAUCUCUCAUCCUAUUCGACAAGUCUUAUUGA